AAAUACAACGUGCGACGAAGAACUUUAAUGAAAAGCUAUUGAUUGGUGAGGGUAGAUUCGGGAAAGUCUACAAAGGAACACUUAAAGAUGGCAGGAAAGUGGCUGUGAAACGAAGUGAUCCACGACAUGGGCAGGGUGAGAACAAAUUCCAAACGGAGAUCAUGGUGUUGUCUCAGAUUCGUUACCGCCAUCUUGUUUCUCUGAUUGGAUAUUGUGAUGAACGGCGUGAGAUGAUACUGGUUUAUGAGUUCAUGGAAAAUGGGACUCUGAGAGAUCACCUCUAUCAUUCAGAUGACAAUUAUGAGAUGUCAACUUCAGUGUCUGAAUUAUCUUGGGAGCAAAGACUAGAAAUCUGCAUCGGUGCAGCAAAGGGCCUACACUAUCUACCCACUGGUCAGGUUGGAGGAAUCAUUCACCGUGACGUUAAGUCAACAAAUAUUCUUCUCGAUGAACGUUAUGUGGCUAAAGUUGCUGACUUCGAUCUUUCAAAAUCCAGCCUUCUUGGUCCGGACAACUUCACCAUGGGUGUAAAGGGUAGCUUUGGUUAUCUUCAUCCAGAAUACCUUACAACCUUACAGUUGAUAGAGAAAUCUGAUGUAUACUCCUUUGGAGUUGUACUUCUUGAAGUUCUCUGUGCUAGACCGGCUAUCAUAUAGUCAUCUUAACUGGAUGAGGUGAACUUAGCAGAAUGGGGGAUGCUGUGGCGAAAGAAGGCCAACUCGAGAAGAUUAUUGAUCCGGUGCUUGUUGGUAACAUUAAAC